UCCGCUGUCAGGGCUAGGCGGACUGACAGUAUGGCGGCGGGGUGCAGCUGGAAGGAUGCUACUGUCGCCCGUGAUGCGUCUAUCGCCGGCAGGACGUCAAUGGACUGCUGAAGGCUCAAAGAGAAGAGGAUUUAGCGAGAAAGGCCUGUCGCCGUGAGCUCCCCGAGAUGGCCAGGCUCGCCGACUACUUUGUUGUGGUCGGUUACGACCUCGAUAAGCGAGUGGAGGGUGAGGGUCAAGGUCGCAUUCUCCAGCGGUUUCCUGAGAAAGACUGGGAGGACAGCCCGUUCCCACAAGGCAUAGAGCUGUUCUGUCAGCCCAGCGGUUGGCAGCUGGCUUCUGAGCGGCAGCCUGCCUCCUUCUUCGUAGCGGUUUUGACUGACAUCAACUCGGAGCGUCACUACUGUGCCUGCUUCACCUUCUGGGAAGGUUUAGACAACCUACAGAAAGCCGAGGCCAGCGAGGUGGAUGAUGCUGACGAGGAUCUGGCCGUCGUCCAGUCAGCUAAGUUCUUCGCCCCCAAGAGCCUGGUGCUGGUGUCCCGGCUUGAUCACACCGAGGUGUACAGGAACUGCCUGGGUCUGAUCUACACCGUCCACGUAGAUGGCCUGUCUACCCCCUUGGAAACGGUGAUAGGAAAUCUCCUCACUUGUGUCAUCCCCAUCGCCGGAGGCUCUCAGAUAGAUGAGUCCCCCGUUUGUAGUUUAGACACAGUUCCUCAGGCCCUGGCCUGUGACUGGCUGCUGGCCUGUCUCCAGCCGAGCCAGGAGGAGAGUGAGGAGAGUUUGAGGACUAUUACGUUAGGUGCUGGCGACCGGCAAGUUAUCCAAACGCCAAUCAACGACUCGCUCCCUGUCAGCGGCAGCAGUGUGGCCCAGCUCUUCAGGCAACUUGGUAUAGUCAACGUGCUUUAUCUGUUCUGUGCUGCCCUGACGGAACACAAGAUCCUGUUCCUGUCCAGCAGCUACCAGAGGCUAACGGACGCCUGCCGAGGUCUUCUGGCCAUCAUGUUCCCCCUCAAAUACAGUUUCACCUACGUACCCAUCCUACCAGGAAAACUACUAGAGGUUCUAAGCACUCCCACGCCCUUCAUCAUCGGUGUCAAUUCAUUUUUCCGCUCCGAGACACAAGAGCUGUUGGACGUGAUCAUCGCUGACUUGGAUGGAGGCACGGUUACUAUCCCAGAGUGCGUCCACAUUUCCCUCCUGCCUGAACCUCUCCUACAGCAGACCCAGACUGCAAUCUCUAUGGUUUUAGAUCCGGAGCUGGAAGUUGCCGAUCAUGCCUUCCCCCCGCAGUCCACGCAGUCGGCUUCACUCAAGAUCCAGGAUAAGGAGAUCCGAGCCAUCUUCCUGUGGCUGUUCGCUCGGCUCUUCCAGGGCUAUCGCUGGUGUUUACAUAUCAUCCGCAUCCACCCAGAACCCGUGAUCCGCUUCCAUAAGGCUGCCUUCCUGGGCCAGAGGGCACUGUCAGAGGACGACUUUCUCAUGAAGGUGUUGGACGGCAUGGCGUUUGCAGGCUUUGUGUCAGAGAGGGGCCCUCCCUACAGGGCCACUGACCUUUUCGACGAUCUGGUAGCCAACGAGGUGGAGAGGAUACGACAAGAAGAGGGCUGUCCGCACAAAGUCAUGAACCACGUCAAGGAGCUGGCAGAGCAGCUGUUCAAAAACGAGAAUCCCUACCCCGCUGUGGCCAUGCACAAAGUCCAGCGGCCGACCGAGAACAGCCAGAACACUUCACAGGGUCAGACGCCCUUCCCUGUCCUGGACGAGGUCGCGGUGCAGCUCUUCAUCGAUCACGCCGCCGCCAAGCUCAAGACCGCACCACCCGUGGUCAAGGCGGAGCUGAAGGGCAUGGUGCCAUCCGGGCCCCCGCUGGGAGACAUCGUGGACAGGAACGGCAACGUGAUGGCUAACAGCGCGCGCAGGCUGGAGGUGGUCAGGAACUGCAUCACAUACAUCUUUGACAACAAGAUGCUGGAGGCUAAGAAACUGAUGCCGGCUGUACUGCGGGCGUUGAAGGGUCGGGCAGCCCGGGUUUGCUUGACCCAAGAGCUCAAUCAACACGUCUUACAGAACCGAGCCGUGCUGGAUGACCAGCAGUUUGACUACAUCGUCCGCAUGAUGAACUGCACAUUACAGGACUGUUCACAUAUGGAUGAACAUGGUAUUGCAGCUGCCCUCCUUCCCCUGGUCACGGCCUUCUGCAGAAAACUGGGCGCGGGCAUCACUCAGUUUGCCUACAGCUGCGUCCAGGAGCACAUGGUGUGGACCAACAUGCAGUUCUGGGAGGCCAUGUUCUACAGCGACGUCCAGAACCACAUCAGAGCUCUUUAUCUGGAGACAGACGACAGUCCGCAGCAGAACAACUCGGAGCGGCCGGACGGGUCGGGCAGGGAGAUCAGCGCCCUGGAGCUGGCGUCGGAGCAGAACCGGCUGUGGCCGACGCUCAGCAAGGAACUGCAGGCGGAGCGCGUGCAGAAGGAGGAGAGCACCGUGUUCAGCCAGGCCAUCCACUACGCCAACAGGAUGAGCUACCUGCUGCUGCCGCUGGACACCAGCAAGAACCGCCUGCUGAGGAGCACCGGCCUGGGAGACGUGGAGAGCGUCAGCAACAGCUACGUCACAAACAGUAUUGCAGGCAGCAUGGCGGAGAGCUACGACACAGAGAGUGGCUUCGAAGACGCAGAGAGUUCAGACGUGGCCAACUCCGUGGUGCGCUUCAUCAACCGCUUCGUCGAUAAAGUGUGCAACGAGAGCGGCGUCACCAACGAUCACCUCAAGGCCCUCCACACCAUGAUACCUGAUAUCGUUCAGAUGCACAUCGAGACGUUAGACGCAGUCCACAGGGAGAGUAAGAGACUGCCUCCGAUCCAAAAGCCCAAGCUGCUGAGGCCGACUCUGUUGCCCGGUGAGGAGCUGGUGAUGGAGGGCAUGCGGGUCCACCUGAUCCCCGACGGCCGCGAGGAGGCCACGGGGCUGAUGGGAGGGCCGCCUCUCCUGCCUGCCGAGGGCGCCAUCUUCCUCACCACCUACCGUCUCAUCUUCAAGGGCACGCCCACCGACCCGUUGGUGGGUGAGCAGGUAGUGACUCGCUCCUUCCCCAUCGCCUCUCUGACCAAGGAGAAGAGGAUCUCGGUCUCGUUAUCUAUGGACCAGUUCGUCCAGGAGGGGCUCCAGCUACGAUCCUGCACCUUCCAGCUAAUGAAGAUCGCCUUUGAUGAAGAGGUCGCGUCCGACCUGGCCGAGGUUUUCAGGAAACACGUGCACAAGCUGCGUUAUCCUCAACACGUCCAGGGCACCUUCGCCUUCACCGUGGGUCAGAGUGGAAAGAUGGUGGUGGAGCACAAGACCAAGGACAAGAACCAGUCACUCAAGACACUUUCCAAAAACCUGGUGAAGACUGCAAAGAGGACCAUCGGCCGGCAAAAUGUGUCCAGGAAGAAGUAUACUCCGCCCACCUGGGAGAACAGGAGCAGCUUCCAGUCGGAGCUAGAUGAGGAUGAAAUCUCAGUCUCAGAGGAAGUGGACCAGGGCGCCCUCACCCUCUCCUCCACCAUCCGCUCGUCAGACAGACAGACCAUGAGCAACGUGGUGGAGCGUGCCUGUUGUCGUGACUACCAGCGCCUGGGUCUGGGCACGCUCAGUAACAGCCUGACGCGGUCUAAGAACGAGCCCUUCAGGAUUUCCACUGUUAACCGCAUGUACACCGUGUGCAGGAGCUACCCGGGCCUGCUGAUCGUCCCUCAGAGCAUCCCAGACUCAACCAUCCAGAGAAUCUGCCGCUGCUACCGGCAGAACCGCUUCCCUGUGGUGUGCUGGAGGAAUUCACGGACCAAGGCCGUCCUGCUGCGCUCGGCGGGCCUUCACGCUAAAGGGGUGGUCGGCUUCUUCAAAUCCCCCAAUGCCCCUGCUGCAGUGCCCUCCCAGGCAGACUCCACCAGCCUGGAGCAGGAGAAGUACCUGCAGGCCAUCAUCAGCUCCAUGCCUUCCUACAGCGAGAGCAGCGGCAGGAACACGCUGAGCAGCUUCACGUCCACACACAUGAGCACCUCCGACUCGUCGGAUAAGCUGAGGCAGCCCAAGAUCGGAGCUCUGAUGAAGCAGGUGAUGGGUUCCAAGGAGGACGUUCCUGGAACCUUCAGCAGAGGAGCUCUGGGUCAAAGGGCGAAAGGCCUCCCCCCCUCUCAGCCCAAAGUGUCUGGCAAGGCUAGGAACUCUCCUAGAGGUAAAUGGGGCAGUAUCCGGGUCAGCGGGCGUCUAAGUGCCUACAACCCAGACGUGGGGACGCGUCUGGCUGGGAAAGAGUCCCCGCAGCCCAACGGAGGGCCGAGCGAAGCCGUGUUCCUCCGCCAGCAGAAGGCCUACCUGUACAUCAUCGGGGACAAGGCUCAGCUAAAGGGAGGGAAGCAGGACGCGUUCCAGCAGUGGGAGGUCGUCCCCAUCGAGGUGUGUGACGUGCGGCAGGUGAAGAACAGCUUCAAGAAGCUGAUGAAGGCCUGCGUGCCGAGCUCGGCCCCCCCCGAGCCCAGCAUGAGCUUCCUGCGCUGCCUGGAGGACUCUGAGUGGAUGGUUCUGCUACACAAGGUGCUGCAGGUGUCUGUCCUGGUGGUGGAGCUCCUGGUAGCGGGCUCGUCGGUCAUGGUCAGCCUGGAGGACGGCUGGGACGUCACCACACAGGUGGUGUCGCUGGUGCAGCUGCUGUCAGAUCCCUACUACAGAACCUUUGACGGUUUCCGGCUGCUGGUGGAGAAGGAGUGGCUGUCAUUCGGUCACAGGUUCAGUCAUCGUGGAGCCCAGACGCUAGGCAGCCAGAGCAGCGGCUUCACCCCGGUCUUUCUGCAGUUCCUGGACUGCGUGCACCAGAUCCACCUCCAGUUCCCCAUGGAGUUUGAGUUCAGUCAGUACUACCUGAAGUUCUUGGCCUACCACUACGUGUCCAACCGCUUCCGCACCUUCCUCCUCGACUCGGACUACGAGCGCAUCGAGCUGGGAGUGCUGUAUGAGGAGAAGGGCGAGAGAAAAAGUCCUCAGGUCUGCAAAUCUGUGUGGGAUUACAUCGACAGACUCAACAAGAAAACACCCGUCUUCUUCAACUACAUGUUCUCUCCAGAAGACGAGGAGGUGCUGCGGCCGUACACCUUCAUCUCCAACCUGAAGGUGUGGGACUUCUACAUGGAGGAGACUCUGUCCGAGGGGCCGUCCUACGACUGGGAGCUGAGGGGCCGGCAGGAGCGCGUUGCCGAGGAGACGGCGGAGAAGCCCGAAACCAGCGGCCCCAAAUCUCAGCGGCGUGUGGUGUGGCCGUGCUACGACAACCUGAGCAAGACGGUGCCCGACGCCAUCACCAAGCUGCUGCAGGACCUGCAGAGCCUGGAGGCCGAGCUGGGGCAGACGUCGGACAAGUGGAAGGAGACGUGGGACAAGCUCAAGAACACGCAGAGGCCCGAGACCAAACUGGAGAGCAAGCCGUCGUUCUCCAGCUCCCUGCUGAUGUCCUCCAACAUAGGCCACCAGCGGCGCUCUCAGGGCGUGUACCUGCAGGAGAGCGGCGUGGGCUCCUCCAUCAACCUGGCCCUGGACUGCGAGGCCAGCGCCACGUCCACGCCUGUGGCCGGACGACCGAGCACCAGCACGCUCUACAGCCAGUUCCAGAGCACGGAGAGCGAGAACAGGAGUUUCGAGGGCAUUCUGUACAAGAAAGGAGCGUUGCUGAAACCAUGGAAGCCGCGGUGGUUUGUUCUGGAUAAAACCAAACAUCAGCUGAGAUACUACGAGAGCAGGCAGGACAAGGAGUGUAAAGGAGUGAUCGACCUGGCCGAGGUGGAGUCUGUGACGGCAGGGACGCCCGCCAUGGGAGCGCCCAAAAACAUCGACGAAAAAGCCUUCUUUGAUCUCAAGACGACCAAACGAGUGUAUAACUUCUGUGCCCAGGACAGCCUGAACGCACAGCUGUGGAUGGACAGUGUUCAGAGCUGCCUGUCGGACGCCUAGAGAGGAGGGAGGGAGGGACUUUGUGAGGAGCGAAUCCAGCCAGGAACGGUUGACGGACGUCUCUGCUGGCCAAAUCCCAGCGGGACAGAGAGGAGAAGGGGCCUUUCACCACUUAAGCUCUGUUCUGUUCGCUAGUGUUGAACUAAUAACCUCGUCAAGUGUCACGACGUUUCAGUGUUUUUGUUAUAAAAAAAUAAAAAGGAAAAAAAGAAGAAAAAAAAACAACAACAGAAGAACCACUCGCUGUCGUAGCUGCAGCCUCUCAGCCUCUCUCCUCCCCGACAGUCUGACCACUAUGUGCGCUGGAUGUCUGCGUGCACAUGUGAGCAUGGCGCUGCGUUUCUGUGAGGCACCCUGCAGCUCGGACCAGCAUGAAGAUCCUUCCAGACCCUCCACCUGUAAACCACCACCCUCCCCCCUACUAACCCCGCUUUACCCUUUAAAACACUUUGGGGAGGAAUGACGGAGGAGCUGCAGCGGUGCCGGGUGGCGUGCAGGACUCGUCAGACCGCUUCGGGAGAGAGGAUCUAAAAGAGCGACUGGCGGGUUGACGGACCAAAAACAGCCCCAGGAUCAGACGAGCAAGUCCUCAAGAGGCCUCGGCUCUCUUUGCCUCUCACUGCCUGAUUUAGAGGAACUUCUAGAGGAAGUGGAGCGCGUCGCCGCGAGGGGGAGGGACCACGGCUCCUCAGCGAUUCAUGAAGGAUAUCCCUUUUUUUUUUUUUUUUUUCUUUUCUUUUGUCCUUCCUCCAAAAUAUAAAUCUCAAAUUUGUACCAGAAAGAGAUCACCGGCCUUCAGCUGUCCUUUUCAGGUGGUGACGACAUACUGUGAAAGCCAUGGAGCAGUCGUAGCGAUCAAACCGAGGAGAGCUAACGGGAGAUUAGAGUCGGUCAGGUAUUGAGAGUGUCGGUGAACUUUUCAUCGAGAGUGUUUACAAAGUAGACGAAAACUUCCUUCACUAAGCUCCAACUCCGCUCUCCACCCCGCCCGCGCGUUCUUUUUUUUUUUUUUUUUUUUAAUUUGUUUGUUUUUUAUCAACCACUAUUAACGUUCAGAUUUUUAAGGGACGCUGAAGGAAAAAGGAGGGAUUUAUUUUGUAGUGAUGUCUUAAAAACAAUCUAGAGAAGGAGAUGUGGAAGGUUACACUUAGAGGAGGGAUACUAACGAACAGAUUUACUGGGAUGGGUCGAGGAGAUGGACGUGAGCUUGAAUUUAAACGCUGCCAGUGUUGAAAACAGGAUGUUUGUUACAGGAAAAAUGUGAUGUCUUUUUAACCUGGGUUCUGUUCUCAUAAUCGUGGUCCUCCUAGAUUUGCACUCACCGAUUCUAAACUUCUACAAAUAAAUAAAUAUAUUAACUCAAGUGCUUUCCAGGAUAGCUUUUUUUGUAAAUAUCUCAAUAGUACAGCUUUGAUUUGUGCAGAGAGAUGUUAAGAAGUCAGUGCAUGUGCUGCUUCAACGAGGCGGCGGCUAAUAAAAGCAGCUACUGCUCGUUGGGACACAGACACGACUCCAAUAAAUCAAUCAGACCCGCCAUGUGUGUCCAGAUAUAUAAUCAUGUCGUCCAAAACAUUAUUCUGAGCAUGUUGACGAAUUCAGCUAAUGUGUUAAUAAUUGAAGGGUUUAACAGCCCUUUAAUGAACAGGACCAAAGUUGGCUUCAUUUGGUGAGUGCAAUUUUAGCCGGACUUUUAAGAAUAAGACUUAGGUUAACAAAAAAAUCCUAUAAUUUGCCUUUAAUGGUGUGGGUCAGCGGAAGUAACCCGCGUGUCUGGGAGCGCCGCUCACAUAUCUCCAAGUUUCCACCGGCGUCUCUGAACCAGAUGGAGUCCAGGCUCAUUGUACCUGUUCCACAUGCAUCAUUAACGCCUGUCGCCUCCGCUGCUCCGACACAGACCAGGUCUACGUCUGCCAGUCCCAGAGGAGCUUCGGCCGGAGGGUUUCAAACAUCAGGUCCCUUGUUUACUUGUCAGUGGUUUGUCAGUCUGCCCCUCCACCUCUUCUCCAGCCACACAAACCACUCUGACCCACACUCGUUAACAUAAACCCUGCUAUGUAAAAUAUGGUUCUACUGCUGUCUUUGAAUAUAAAAUUUGAAAAUUGUAGAUUUUUUUUGUGUCUAAUAACUCCUUUGUAUAUACUACUUCAGAUUUGUAUGUAACGUUUAUGGUAGUAAUUUAUUUAACUUGUCUCCUCAGUAAAGAAAGUUCCUCAAGCACCACUUUAUUUUUAAAUUAGGAAUUCAAUGUGCCAUUUGUUUUUUUUUCUGUAUUAAUGUGACUAAUGCUUUUUUCUUUUUUUUUUUGGAAAGUGUACAAGUAAACCCUCAAUGUCUAUUUUUUUUCUUCUUUUUUUGUAAACGCGUUUGUCCUUACGCAAAACAAACUGGUAAUGCAGGAGUGGAGAUGACGGCUUUUUAAAGGUUGGUUGGAUUUUACUGUGUUGCUCGCCCACAGUGGUGGGGAUGUUCUGGAUGUAGAUUACAGUCCCAAUAAAUGUCAUUGAAGUCUUCCUGGUGCUGGGUUCGCUUAACACACAACCGUUGGGCCCAUGAAAUAGUCGGUGAGGAGAUGAGCGAGCAGACGUAUUUCAGGAACUCCCUGCAAUGGAUGUACAUCUCUACUUCAGGUUGCCAUUAUUGUCUCAGUGAGCUGAUACAGAAAAGCUGAGUGACAAUUUUCCUGAGUGCACGAUGCCAUCUUCAUAUAUAAGACCCAGAUAUAUCUGAUUUACUUCAGUAAAUAUUCCAUCCCCAGUAAACUCAGUGGGAACCCAUGGAGAUUAAUAAAACAGUUCCUGUAUGUCUAUGAAAUAUUUCAUUAUAUGUCCAGUAGUAACUUCUGUCUGUUUUGUUUGCCGUCUUCUCACUGAAUAUUUAGUGGAACCCAGUAUAGAUUAAAAACAAUUUUAAAAAAGGAAUUAUAAAGCUGUUAAAUUACAAUCAGGGUGUCACAGCUGUGGCUGACUGGAUUAACUUCCUGUGAUGUCUUAAAGGGCCAGUGUGUGGAAUUUAGUGACAUCUAGUGGUGAGAUUGCAGAUCGCAACUGACUGAAUACCUACAGCAGACAUCCCUUCAUUGGAGAAACACAAAAGGUCUUCUCUAUCAUCUGUGUGGUUAAUCCUGAGCGACUGUAGAAAGAUAGUUGUGCAACAUAUUGGACUCCGUAGACCAGGUGACUCUAUAUGUGCUUAAAGAUCUCCCUAAAUAAACACACUGAGCCUUUAACCAUCAUCACCGCAAUGAAUCGCUGCCAUGUUGCCUUUUUGGAGAUGAAAACAGUCGGGAGGUUAGCUAACCAAUAACAUUAAAAAUGUACAAAGUUAUGAUCACAGUUUCAGGUGACCUUGUGUGUUAACAUAAUCCUUCCCCCGAAGAACAGAUGGAGCAAAGCAGCAGUUGUUGGUGCAGUCAGAACCUACCGUGGGAACGCUCGCUGUGCGCUUGUGCUUUGACUGCAGUCCACAUUCAGUCGGCCCCGUCUCACCUUUUCACUCUAGUUUACUCAUCUCUCCGUGGUAACUGUCUACAGCAUACAACAGCUACAUUAACUGCAAGACUAUGACAUAAUCCUUUUUAUUUAUUUCUCUUUUUUUUUUAUUAGAAAUGACCUUCUGAGCCGGGUUAUAUUGUCAAUCAUGUCAAUAUAGUUUUUAGAAUCCAAAUAAAAACUGUGGGUUUAAAUGUUAA